AACUCUAUUCACUAUUACGUUCAUUCAAGAAGUGUACAGACCGAGGGCAGUAAUGGACUAUCGUGAUGUCUCCAACCUACAGCAAUCAUCGGUUCGUUGGGACCUUGGCAACAAUGAUGAUAAUCAUAACGAUCACAUGUUUGGUCGCCAGAUAAUAGCAAAGACGAAAUAUUCAAUCAUGGUAGACGCCCCGUACAACAUCAACAACAACAAAAUAUGUCGUGGAGUAGAUAAGGUUUCUGUCCUUGUGAUGGUGCAUACCGCCCCAAACCAUUUCUUUAUCCGCUCUGAAAUGAGGCGGACCUGGCUUAACACGACAGUCUACAGCCCCGAGAGUGUUCGUGUCGUUUUCCUGCUCGGCCUGGUAACAAAUUCUACAUUGCAAGUGAAGCUAGAGAUGGAAUCCCACAAAUAUCAAGACAUCAUACAAGGAAAGUUUAUAGAUUCUUAUCGGAAUUUAACCAAUAAAGGUGUAAUGGGAUACCGCUGGAUUACCGAGAACUGUAUGAAUGCAGAGAUGGUUGUUAAAGUCGAUGAUGAUUCUUUGAUCAAUUUCUUCAAAUAUUUCGAGGAAAUUCGAAAUCAACUGGCACCUAAAAAGAAAAAUAUAUUCUGUAACCGCAUUGAGCCUUAUACAAUGCCGAUUAUCCGAAAUCGCAACAAUAAGUGGUAUGUCCAUGCUGAUGAAUAUAGGUAUUUCUCAUAUUAUCCCCACAUGUACUGCAGUGGCUUUGUUGUAUUUAUAUCAACGGAUCUGGUACCAGCUUUAUUCCACGCAGCUAUCGGCGCACCUUUCUUCUGGGUGGAUGACUUUUUCUUGUUUGGUAUACUCCCGUCCCGGUUGAAAAAUGUAAAUUUUGAUACGUUUGGAAAAAAUAUCACUUUCCGUCAUAGAAAUGGUUUAAAAUGCUACAAAGAAAAACAUUCGAAUUGCGAAUAUCUAGUGAUGUCUGCAAAAAGCAAAGAAAUCGACGUUAUGUGGAAAGCUGUGAUAGAGGAUCGUAAACAAAGCAGUAAUGGGUACUAUUAUAUGCGGUUAAAUCCGUUGAAUCAAGACUAAUUACGCCCGAUGAAGUCCCGAGUACUUCAUACCGUUUAAAUUAGGUGAAUGAUUUGUUUUGAAUUAAACGUCUUUACUCUAUAGCAUGCAUGAAUACUAGAAGUAACAUGUUUUGGCAACUGCUAUUAUUUUUUACUCGAUUCAGAAAUCAAGUUCCUCGCGGAAACCACGAAAAACGUUUUCUAUUUUAAUAUCGGUGGAGGUAAAUUUGUGCACGCCAUUCUAUUUAGUGUCCAAGAAACGGCAUCAUAAAAAAUGUCAGAUCUUAUAAAAUGUUUUCGAAUUACUAAACUUCGAACAAAAGAUUUUUUGUCCAGAAAUCGCCAAUUUACAGAUGUCAGUUAUGCUUUUUAUACCUCAUGAACUAUAAUAUUAUUGCAUAUAGGAACAUUCAUCACGAUACUUAUCUAAUCUAUCCUUUGAAAUAAUAAGAUAUUACCUACCACUGGUACAUAAAUUAGGACUGUUUUCUUUACCACAAGAUGUCAUGUCGACAAAAACGUCAGUAAGAAGACCGUAGUCGUAUUCAUAAUCAAUAAAAAAAUAUCAAACCGUAUAAUCUGAAUAUAUGCCUAUAUCUACUUAUUUGUCCCACUUAGAACAUUUUGCAACACUACAAGAUACCGUUCCAUAUAAUCAAUAUAAAAUUCCAAUAUUCCGCUUACUCAUUAAACAUUCUACUGGAUAACCAAUUACAAAAGUAUCACAACCAAGUCACACAUGUUUUAAUACAUGUUUCCUAUGUCCCCCUUGUGUGGAUGAGAGCUGCAUCCCUACAACAGCUGGCAAUGGCACUGUCGGCUAGUAUUACCCAACACACUAUUAAGUAUACGUCAUCAUCAUUUACGUCUUGUAUUGACACAGCCCUAUACACAUUUAUAGGGAAUUUGUGCUUCUGCUGUACUUUCCCAUACAUAUUCAUACUUACAUUGUUAUCAAAAUUGGAGCGGUACCGGUCUCCAGUCUUUCGAGUACAAGAAAUAAACUAGGGGCAAUAACAAUAAAACAAAAGCUGAAUGAAGGUCGGUUUUUUCCAGGAAAAAAAACUUCAUAUCGCCAAACAUUCUUGUCUUUUCUGUAAAAAAUUCUUGGGACAUUAAAAAAAAUAAUUAAGGCAUGAAGGAACCUGAAAUGAAAACAGAAACAUAAAAAAAAUGACAGAAUAUAAAUUACCCAUUAUGCAGAUAACUCUAGAGUCAAAUUAAAUGGUUCUGGAAAUGCUUUAAGAUUCACUCUUCUUAACCAAUUUGCCAAAUACUAUGGACUCUAACCAAAUAUGUUAAAACAUGUAUCUGGAUUGAGGAUAAAUAACGUAGCUAUGACAGAAUAUGAACAGAACCUUGGUCAGAUGAUUAACCUUCUGGAAAUACAAAUGAACGUUGAUAAUAUGUUAAAAAAACCAAUUACAAUCAUAAGAUUAUUAAGUCAUCAUUAUAUUGUUAGCAGCAGCUUACUGCAAUGUGCAAAAUAACACAUUUUAUUGCUCAAAAUACAUUUUAUAGUACAUGAUAUACAAAACCUGAUGAACAAUGUGCAAAACUUGUACUCUUCAAAUUAUCAUAGAACAAUAAAAAGACAGAGUUAGUACAUGUUAGAUAGUACAAACAUUCGCAGAAGGCGGUCAAACGAUGACUAAUAUAGAUUACUUCAUAAAAGCAAUGACGCUGUUCUGGUUUCAAGGAUCUUGUAUGUAAAACGUUGUUUAGAAAUGUUAUUGGUAAUUGAUAAUAAUUCUAUAAUCAUCUAUCUAAAUGGCUCAAAAGAACAAAAAAAAGAGAUAAGUAAUGUAUUCUGGAAAGAAAUCUGAAUUGACAUAUAUAGUUGCUGUAAAAGAAAGACACACUCUAAAUCAUCUUUGGUAUAGCAAGAAGUUUUUUUUAAAUCAGUGUUCAUUGAACGAUAGGGCAAAAUAGGAUAUUUUAUUUAUUUCCGUUUCACUAUGCUAUAAUAUCUACUAUGUAAUAUCUUACAAAACAUAAUUAUACUGUGGCUCUACCACUCAGUCCUAAAUAUAUCUGUAAUGUAAUACCACCCAAAACAGACAUUAUACUGUGGCUCUACCACUCAGUCCUAAAUAUAUCUAUGAUGUAAUACCAAACAAAACAGACAUUAUACUGUGGCUCUACCACUCAGUCCUAAACAUAUCUACUAUGUAAUGCCAUACAAAACAGACAUUAUAAUGUGGCUGUACCACACUAUCCAAAAUAUAUACACUGUAUAUAUACAUAAUUGUAUCUAUAUCUGAUAAAAAGGGAACUAAACAGUGUACUGUUUUUUGAAUUCCGAAAGGCUUUCGAUUUUGUUUAUCACAAAAAGUUUCCAUUCAAAACUUGAAUUGUAUAAAUGCUCAUCUUGAACAGUGUAAAUUUUAAUAGUUAUUUGAGCGGGUGAUUUCGAGUUUUUAAGAAUUUUAGGAAUACUCUCCCCCUUUUAGUUCGGGCUCCUCGGGGAUCAAUAUUGGGUCAUUGUUGUUCAUUUUGUAUGUACACGAUCUUUCCUAGUUACUAAUCAGAGUGAUAUGUAUACACUCUGUAUGUAUGCAGAUGACCCAUGUAAAAUCUAUUAAUGAUCUGAAUAACAACCUCAACGAGGAUGCCAGGAAGUUUCAUCAGGUGGGAUGCUAACAAAAUGUGUAUCAAUACUGACAAAACCAAAGAAGCUACAUGUAUCUCUACAUCACAUAGGAAAUGUAUAUAAAAAGAACUAUCUGUCGUCAUCGAAGAUGUAAAUAUUGAAAAUGUAAAACAUGAAAAGUGCAUGUCUUGGAAUCAACAGUUCUCAAAUGUAUGUAGAAAACAUCAUGUUAUUUUGUUUAAAUGAAAAAGCUAAGGCUAUUUUUAAGCCAGACUCCCUGUAUUAAUUCUUUAUUUGUUUUAUCAAUCCUCAUAUUGACAACUGUUCUACCUUUGUUUGAGGAAACAGUACAAAAAUAUUGUUACGUUGAAGCGUCUCCAGAAGGGAGCAGUCAGAAUUAUUCUAAAUUGUGAUUUUUAACUCCAUCUAAUGACAUGUUUAAAUUACUUAGAUGGCUACAUCUUAGCAAAAGGAUUUUAUGCGGUUUAUUUUUAUGUACAAGUUACCUAGCAAUCUAACUCCACAAAAUUUGAAUUGCUUUACUAGCAAGUCCGAUGUUCAUUGUAGGUUAACGAGAUUCUCAACCACAAAUGUUUUUUUUACUUACCAUCUCAUAAUACAAAUUCUUUCAUAAAGUCCUUCAGAUAUCAAGUAUUUGGUUUGGUUUAUUUUGUUUAACGUCCUAUUAAAAGCCAGAUUCAUUUAAGGACGCGCCUGGUUUUGGAGGCGGAGGAAAGCCGGAGUACCCAAAGAAAAACCACUGGCCUACGGUCAGUAAUAGGCAACUGCCCCACGUAGGAUUCGAACUCGCAACCCAGUGAUGAAGUGUCGGAACACAUUAACUACUUGGCCAACGCAAAGCCCAUACAUGGAAUAUUUUGUCAAGUCAUGUGAGAAACUGUUCAACGCUUUUAUCUUAUAUGAAAGCAGAAAAGAGCUUUUUUAUGGAGUAAUAUUUAAUCCUGCUGUGGUUGUACUUUUUAAUUUACAUUUACAUUUAACAACAUUAUGUGUUUUGAUAUCAUAUGUGCCUUGUUUAAUGUCAUAGUAUUAUUCUUGUAUGUGUUGUAAAUAUUGUAUAUUCUACACUUAUCUCGACCAUGUGUAAGACGAGCUUUUAAGUUCAACAUGUUAUCAAGUAUAAAUAAAGACUUUAAUCGUUA